AUGUCGCGACCCCAGAUCAUCCACAGCGGCCACUUCAUGGUGUCGGAGCCGCAUGCUGACCCUGAGCUGGACCCGGGGGGCAGGGCUGCGGUUGGGAGCAUGGCGGAGCGGACAGGGGCUGUGGAGGUGGGGGCUGGCGGCUGGCAGGAGGGGGCUGGGGCCGGUGAGCGAGCCGCAGUGCCCGGGGACGCCUACGACUUCGACACAGUCAACGCCUGCACGUGCCGGACCUACCGCUUUGGCCCUUGUAGCAGUGGUGCCCUCAGCAUCGACGCCUCCCUCACCAAGCUCUUUGAGUGUAUGACACUCGCGUACAGUGGGAAAAUUGUGUCCCCCAAAUGGAAAACGUUCAAAGGCCUGAAGCUGCUGCCGCGUGACAAAAUCCGGCUCAAUAAUGCCAUCUGGAGAGCGUGGUACCUGCAGUAUGUGGAGAGGAGAAGGAACCCUGUGUGCAAUUUUGUGACGCCGCUGGAGUGCAGUGUCGGGGAUGACCACCGCAAACUGGAGGCCGUGAUCAUGGAAGGGAAGUACUGGAAGCGCCAGAUCGGAGUGGUCAUUCGGGAGUAUCACAAGUGGCGGACGUACUUCUGCACACGGGUCCAGAAGAAGAAAGAUAAACCUGAGUCUUUAUCCACCCAGGAAGCGGCUCGUGCCAUCCAGGGCGAGGGGCUGAGCAGUGAGGCCAAGGGCAACUGCCCCAUGGAGCUCGACCUGGACACCCUGGACAGCCUCAUCUCUGACCUGGCCGACACCAUCUUCUACAGCCGCAACCCGUAUGGGGGCCCCAACCCCCGCAGUCUUGCUCACCAAUUCAACGCGGACAUGAUUCAGCCCACCCUGACCCAGCUGCACCCUAACUUCGGAGAGGAUUUCAUGGACACCCUGGACCCCAUUCAUGAUUUCUUUUCUGCCUGUCGCCCCCAGCCUGUGACCCAGGCCUCCACGCUACUACCAGCUGCUGCCCCACAGGGCUCUCUGUCCAGCGCUUGUGACCCGGAUGUGACCACCAGCACUAACGAGCUGCCUCUCCACAGGGGCUCCCUCACCCCCCUUUCCUUCCCCCUGGACCUGGAGCCCCUCACAACCCUGAAUGGACACCAGACCUUCCUGCCGCUCUUCCCCACCUCCCCGCUGCGGGUCAGCCCACCCCACCCGGCCCUCCCAUGCAGCACCCCCAACCCACCUUUGUCUUCUCCGUCAUCACCCACACGGCUGCUGAAACCCCCUUCACCCACCCGGCACCCUCCUUCCCCCGGGGGAACCUUUGCCAUGCCUGUGUCUGGCCCCCUGCCCAACAGGGCAAGGUCCCGGCAGCUACAGCACAUUGCCCCAGCGCCCACCUCUAACCACCUCCCGGCAGCCCCCAGUGCCUUCCUUACCCGCCUGCUCGUAGCAGGCCCAUCAACACAGCCUCUCGCUCCAGCCAGGGACUCUUCCCAGGUCUGCACCCCACUAGAGCUCCCUGCAGGCGUCCUGCUGUUGGAGAAGCCUAUCGACCCUCGCUCUGUCACUGCCUCCUCCAGCACUGAUGCCAAGUCCGAAGAUAGAGCUGAGCGCAGGGGACCCCAUGCUUCCCACCAGCCCUGCAGCCUCCCCAGCACCAAGGGCAGCCAAAGAGCCGGCUUUACCUCUGCUGACCACGCCCGGCGCAUGAACAUCAGCUGCGCCUUCGACACCCUCGCCAGCCUCGUGCUGCCGGGCUUGGCCCAGCCCAGCGUCAAGCUCAGCAAGGCCACGCUGCUGCAGAGAAGUGUGGUGUACGUGGGGCGGCUGCAGCAGGAGCGCCGGCAGGUACAGGAGACGGCCUGGCGCCUGCGGGGCGAGAUUGAGGAGCUGAGCGCUGCCAUUGGGGAGUUCCAGUGCCAGCUGCCCCCCAGUGGGACCCCAGUGACUCCUCCACGCUUAGAUCACACGGCCCAGCUGUAUGACGACUAUGUGCGCCAGCGCACCCUGCAGAACUGGCGCUUCUGGCUCUUCAGCGUGCUCAUCAAGCCGCUGUUUGAGAGCUACAGGGAAGCGGUGAGCACCCGCAGUGCCAAGGAGUUCUGCCAGUCGGUGCUGGGCUGGCUGGAGCAGCACUGUGCCCUGCCCAUGCUGCGCCCCGCUCAGCAAGCUCACAGCCAUCCUGACCCAGCCCUCGCGCCUCCCCGAGCAGGCCCUGCAGGCUGUCUGCCGCCCCCCGCACAGCAAGGGCCACAGCUAGUGGGCCCCACUGUGCUGCGCGAGGACGUCCCGACGCUGCCCAUUUGCGGAGAAGAGAGGAUGGGAGGGACGCAGACAUCUUCGACUCCUGGGUGGCGCCCCACCCCACCAUGGGCCCAGAUGCGUCUGGACGGACAUGCAGGGGCUGCUGCGGGGCCUCUGUAAUAGCCCUAGCAGGGGGAGGCUGAUUGAUCCACAGAGAAGGUGGAAUUGGGGGGCUCAGAGCUGGGCAUCCCUAGAGAGCAAAAUGGGGGGGGGCUCAGAGCUGGGGAUCGCUUUAGCCCCCACUGACAUGGAAAUGGGGUGGCUCUGAGUGGGAUUUCCCUGUAGCACCCAUAGAGAGGGGCAUCUCUCAGAGCUGGGGAUUCCCCUAUACACCUCUAGUGAAGGGGAUCUGGAGGAUGAGUAGAGGGUCCCCUUUAGCAUCCCCCCAUGGGGGCAGGGGGAUGCUGGCAGGUCGUGGCUCUGUUUGGACAGUGACAGCAGGAGCUGUAUUAAACCCCCAGCAUGUGGGACU